CUUCAUUCUUACAUUCUUUCAAUUCUUUUUUUAAAAAAUUAAAAAAAAAAUAAACGAUAAAAAAUAGAAAAUUAAAAAUAAAAAUAGCAAGAAUAUUCUAAAAUGACAACAGCGCCAUUGAGGCGCCAUAACGGAAACUCAACAACUCGAACAAGCGAUACCAAUACCGUAGAGGCCACGGAUCCGAUCAUAUUGAUCACCUUAUCCACGUCCAGUACUCCUACCAUGGCUGUCAAGACCCAUCAACGACGUGCCACGAUCUUUGAGAUUUAUUUGAUACAAUCCAAGAUAUGCAGAUUCUUGACGGUCCGUGACAUUCGACGUUGCACAUUUGUCUCGCGAGAUUUCCAUACUGCAUUCCAGCCAUACCUCUGGCGUCACCUUACCUUAAACCGACGCUCAAAGAUCAAUCGAUUGAAGACACCAAUUGCUCAAGCAGCAUUGAGACAAUACGCCCCGUUUGUGGAAACCAUCACCACGAGAUUUGCAGAUGCUUGGAUUUUGUUCUAUUCGGAUCCUAACACAUUGGCAAGCUCCAUGUCCAUGACCCAGAUCAACGCCAAUGGCUCUGUUGAUAAUCCUCGGCUUCAGACCGGAUGCACUAGAAACAAGGUUUAUGGUAGCAGCAAUAGUAAUAAUAGUGGCAUAGGAGGCAAAGGCAAUGGGAAACCCAACCCAUAUAGAAUUGUCUUUCCAAACCUGCGUGCGAUCCACAGUUUGGAUUUGGUGAACCGACCCAACAGUAAGGAGGCUAAUCGGCGCAAGAUGCACUUACUUUUACCUUUGCUUGAUCCUGAGGUCGUUCCUAAACUCCAAUCGCUCAAGGUUACACACAUCAAUUUUGAAGACCCUUUUGUCUUCCUUGAGACAAUCCUGCGGAUAGAACGACUGGUGAAUUAUGGUUUCGGAAACAAUAAGGCAAUGGCAACAACCACAACAAACAAAGACAAAAGUGUGGAAAAGACCAAGGCAAUAGAAGAUGAUGAUGGGAAUAGGGAUGGGAAUGGGGGUGGGAAAAAGACAACACAAACAACAACAGCAGUAUCAGCAUGGAGGGAUGGCGCUACGUUACAGGAGCUUUAUAAUAAGCAAGCUGACUUCAAUAUUUCUUGUGAGGGGUUUCGAAGGACGCUUGAGAUCAUUGCAGGGUCGGUCGAGGUCUUAUUUCUAGGGGCAAUGUGUCAAAGAGUUGUAGAUAUUCUAGAUGAGAAAAUAGUUGUGGGUCUCCAGGCAGUCCGUGAAGGAAGGCAGUCUGAUGUUCAAGGCGGUUUGCCGUCAGCAUCGGCACCAUCAGCACUCCUGCUAUCAUCUACUGAGGAAUUGAAUCAGCCUGCUGAUAGAAGUAUUGGCUAUCCAUGGCAGUCCGUAGUCGUUGCAGCGCUGUCAAGCAUAGGAUCCUUUUACUUGGGUGCACCUCCACUUCAAACGCGGCAAUUUGCUUCUGUUAGCCAAAUUUACUGUUUACGGGAAUUAGAUCUUGGGAUCAUGACCCUUGAUGACGGAACGCGCUCGAUUUUUGAAUUCCUCCAGCGCUGUACUUAUUUGGAACGAUUAACUACCCCAACGUUCUUUCCCCAGAAUAUCGAAAGGUUGAUUGAGUUGACAAGAACUCGAUGGAGCUACCUGAGGCAUCUUUGGCUUAAAGCAUACUGUGCGCAGGAUGGAUUACUAUCAAGGUUGCUGUGGGUGAUUGGACAUCAGUGGCGAGAGAACAGACUCCAUCAGAGGCAGGAGCAGGGGCGUAAGUGUAGACGCAGGUAUAAGAAAGCACAAGAAGAAGGAGUGCUUAGGGUUUCUGGGCUGGGUGGAGAAGAGGAAGAAGGGGAAGAGGAGGAGGAAGAAGAAUUAAGCGAAGCCUCAACGGGUGACGAGAACUAUGAUGAAGUUGAUGAAAAUAGUGAUCAUUACGAUGAGAUUCAUCCGAUCACUGGGGAGCGUCUACAAUUCUCCCGUGGUCUCGAGACCUUCAAGACGACCUUCAGCACAUCUGCAUAUCCAUUGACGGUUGGUGUGCUCCUGACAUGUCAUUCACAUACACUUGUCACCUUGACGAUCGCAGGGUCUAAAAUGUUCGAGGGCCGGGCACUACAUCGCGUUCUCUGUGUCUGCAGGAAGCUUGAAGUGGUGGAAGCGAUGUCACGACUGGAUCGAGACAGUUACAAAUGGCUGGAGAUGACUGAUACAAUAUUAGAAGUAGAGAAUAUGAGAAUUCCGGCCUCUGCUAUUGUCUCGGAGCCUACUAUAGCUGGAAUCAAUGAGGCCAUUGAGACUACUGGGGCUGUCAAGGCCAAGGAGACGCAGGCUGCUUUGCAGGAAGGAGAGAAUGCUUUCGCUGAUAGGUCAGGCAAGAUGGAGUGGCCUGUUGAAGAAUGGGUCUGCAAGAAGCUCAGAGUGCUCCAUUUAAGGUAUUUGGACUUUGAUGCUGCCUACGACUGGAUAGUCGGGUUUCCCAAGGAGCUGACGACCCAAUUGAGUAAACUACAUCAUUUGGAGGAUUUGAGGGUAGGAAGGGUUAUCAAAGGAGGAGCCCCCAUUGUACCAAGAUCUAUGGUAAUAUUAAACAUAAGGCUUCAAGCUGGCGUAUUAGGGUCAGAACAAGAGAUCAAAGUGAUGAAGGAAAGUGUAUCAUUCUUGUUGCAGGAACUUGGCGCCAAUGUGAAAGGUCUCAAGCGAUUGGAGUUACGAGGGCUGAAAUCGUUGAUUGAGUUGCAGGAAAUUCGGGAAGUGCGUAAAAGAGCCUGGAAAAAGAUGGAGUGGGUGCAGUUUAGCUAGAAAAGCAUAAUGUAUGACAUGUUAAGCCUUUGAGAAG